AUCAUGUAUGAAUUGAAUUAAAUCCAAUGUUGGCCUUCUAGCAAUGAAAUUGCGUUACAGGACAAAACAUCCUACACUUUCCAUGUUAUCCUCAACGCACAAAGAAGGGAAAGGCAAAGCUAAAUAUCUCUCUCUCUCUAAUUUUCGCCCAAAUCUUUGUGGAUUGGAUGGAGGUGUCUUCCUUUGCCUCUGCUUUCACUUCUCCAUCGUAAACAAAAAAAAAAAAAAAAUCCCAUUUUAGUUAAUAAAACGAAGAGUAGAAAAUAGAGGGAAAUAUUGAACUUGCAAGGGAAUUACUAUGUCUUUGUCUUUCCUUAAUUCCAUUUUUUCUCCUCCACAAAUUGACUCCGUUUUUUGCUCUUCAAAUUUCUCUCUUAACUACUUCCAUUCUUCUUCUUUUUCUUCCCUAUAUCACCGCAAACAAAGUUAUGAGAAUGGGAAGAUUAUAAGAGGAUUGGGGUUUUUAGGUGAUUGGAAAGGCGCAGAGAGGGUGAAUUCUGGUUCAAUGGGGAAAAAGAAAGCUGGGCUUUUUUGGAUUUCUUCUUUUUGUAGUUCUAGAGGGAGUAGUAGCUGCAGUAGUAGCAAAGAUGAGGAAUUUGAGAGUAAAGGAGAGGAGGAAGAGGAGGAAGAAGAAGAAGAGGGUCAUGGGUCAUUUUGUGUUUUGCCUGACAGAUGGGAUGUUCUUGGCCUUGGUCAAGCCAUGGUAGAUUUUUCCGGCAUGGUUGAUGAUGAAUUCUUGGAGAGAUUGGGAUUAGAGAAGGGAACCAGGAAGGUAGUAAAUCAUGAGGAGAGGGGUAGGGUUUUGCGGGCGAUGGAUGGUUGCAGCUAUAAGGCAGCUGCUGGAGGAUCUCUUUCCAACAGUCUGGUGGCUUUGGCAAGGCUUGGUAGUAAGCCCAUUGAAGGCCCUGCGUUAAAUGUAGCUAUGGCAGGCAGCAUAGGUAGUGAUCCAUUGGGUGGCUUCUACAGGGCAAAAUUACAUCGAGCAAAUGUGAAUUUUCUUUCUGAACCUAUCAAGGAUGGAACAACUGGAACAGUGAUAGUUCUCACAACUCCAGAUGCUCAGCGCACAAUGCUUGCUUAUCAGGGUACAUCAUCGACUAUUAAUUAUGAUUCUUGCUUGGCUGGCAUAGUCUCCAAGACAAAUAUAUUUGUUGUUGAGGGCUAUUUAUUUGAAUUUCCUGAUACAAUCAAAACUAUUAUUAAGGCAUGUGAAGAAGCUCGCAGGAGUGGUGCCCUGGUAGCAGUUACAGCAUCAGAUGUCUCCUGCAUUGAGAGACACUAUGAUGAUUUCUGGGAAAUUGUUGGGAAUUAUGCAGAUAUUGUGUUUGCAAACAGUGAGGAAGCAAGAGCUCUAUGUCAUUUUUCCUCAAGGCAAAGCCCUAUUUCGGCAACAAGGUAUCUCAGCCACUUUGUGCCCCUAGUCUCAGUUACAGAUGGACGUAGAGGCUCUUACAUAGGUGUAAGAGGUGAAGCUGUAUAUGUUCCUCCUUCUCCAUGUGUACCAGUGGACACAUGUGGUGCUGGUGAUGCAUAUGCAUCUGGUAUUUUGUAUGGCAUAUUACGAGGCAUCUCGGAUUUGAAAGGUAUGGGUACAUUAGCAGCUAGGAUUGCAGCCACAGUUGUCGGGCAACAGGGGACCCGACUUAGAGUUCAGGAUGCCGUUGAUCUGGCAAAGUCAUUUGCAUUCAAUCUUGAGAGUUCUACUGCACGGUCAGACGUAGGAUCAAAUCAUAUUUCCAGCUUUUGACAUGGUGCCUUGAAGCCCACGUUGAUUUCUCGAUUCUUUUGGAUCUCUUUGUUCAUAGCUUGUAACCUUGUAUAUUAUCCCUCCAAACAUUGCUAGCUACAGGUUUGUCCCUUCCAUUGAUUCAAAAUUGAUAGUCAUUCCAAUAAUCAAGGCAACAUGAUAUUGUCAACAAGCUAUCAUAGUUUUCAAAUCAUGUAGUUUCUGGAAAAGUAUUUUAGAUUUUGUUCCUUCAAUCGCUACUCCCCUAAUUGUAUGUUUAGAAAUGUGAAUAUAGCAACAGAUUCUUCUGACCGGCAA